UCAAUUUCGUGAACAGUGAUUAAAUGCCAAUAUAUAUAUAUCACGGUAAAUCCUUACAAAGAUACAUUAGAAAAAAUACAUGGCGAAGACAUUAGACAAGUACUUUACUAUUAAAACAAUUAUAUAAUGUUCUCCUUGAUGAUUUGAGUUGUCCUUCAUAUUUUAUGACGAAAUAAUUAAUGAGUAAUAAUCCUAAGCAUACAUUAACCAUUUGUAAUACUUCCAUCGCAUAUUGAUUAAUAAUGGUUGCCCAUACAAUCCUUCUUGACUUCACUGUGUCUGCUAAUGUCAUAGCAGAUUUGGAAAAACGUUCUAAUUUAAAAUCUGCUAUCGCAAAUGUUCUGGGUGAACAUUUUAUUGGUUUGAAACCUUUGACAGAAUCAAACAUCGAUGGCAGUUUAUUGAUUUUAUAUACCGGCCCGAGAGGUAGUCUAAUCACCGUAAGAGGAUAUAAGGAAGGCCUAGUGACGUUAAACAUUGAAUAUUUCAAACAGGAUGACGAAGAAGCGUUGUUAACAUUUGAGUUGGCCAGAGAGUUGGAGACGGCGUUGCAGGCAGCGGCAACCGCUACGCGGUCACACACGCUUAUCCCCAUUAAACGCGGUGGACCUUUUGAGAGAUACUUUCCUACCGCCGAUGAGAGAUUGCUUGAAUAUGACAUUGAUAAGCUGGUGUUUGAGGCACGGUCGCCUUAUCAAAAGGUACAAAUUGUCCAUUCCAAAUCUCUUGGUAACCUUCUGGUUCUCGAUGAGUUACAAAACAUGUCCGAAGCGGAUCUUAUAUAUACAGAAACGUUGAUGCAACGUGGUAAGGAAAAUUAUGCUGGAAAAGAAAUAGUUAUCCUUGGCGGUGGUGAUGGAGGUUUACUCUGGGAAUUGCUCAAGGAAAAACCAAAAUAUAUAACAAUGCUCGAGAUCGAUGACGUUGUUAUGAAAGCUUGUAGUCAACACAUGAGAAGCAUAUGUGGAGAUUGUUUAGAUAAAAGGAAGGGUGAUAACUAUGAGAUAAUAGUUGGUGACUGUGUAAAAGCACUUGCACACAUGAUAGAAGAGGGUCGUCAGUUCGAUUAUGUUUUUGGUGAUUUAACUGAUAUUCCAAUCAGUACUACUCCUCAUGGCGAUGCAUGGGAUUUUAUAAGAUUAAUUCUAAAUUCUUCGGUUAAAGUACUUAAACCCACGGGAAAAUAUAUGACUCAUGGAAAUGGUGCUUCUUGUCCUGAAUCAUUGAAGAUGUAUGAGGAGGUAUUAUCUCAACUCUGUGUACCCGUUACGUUUGCAAAAGAUCGUGCUUUUGUACCAUCCUUCUUCGAAGAUUGGAUUUUCUAUCAAGUGUCGCUUAAAUGAUGGAUUAAAAUCAUACACGAUCAUUUACUUGAAAGACCAACCAAAUUUUCUCACGAUCUAUUACUUCCAUUAUGACCCAAGCUGAGCCUUAGUUUUAGAAACUUAAGUAAAUAAUCAGUUCCUCUCUAAAAGAUAAUUUAACUUCUUAUUCAAAUCAAAACGAUACAAUAUAGAUUUGUAUGCGAGUAUGUAAAUAUAUAUAUAUAUACAUACAUGUAUAUAGAUGUGUACUAACAUAUGUAUACAUACAUUUACAUACAUACAUACGAUCUAUAUGUAUAUGUGCAUACAUAUGUAUGUAUGCGCGAAUAUAGUUAUAUACGCAUGCGUACGUGUGAUUAUUCCAAUUCCGACAUCGUAAGUUAAACGGUAUAUCUCUCUCUCUCUCUCUUCAUGCUUAAUUACUUAUCAGGAGUAAAAUGCUGAAAUACGUGCUAAUUUAUUUUUUAAAUGUACAGUGUAUUGUGCUUAAAAUUAAUUGAUAUUUUCUCGAUAAAAAAUCUCAUUUUUAUAAAUUCAGUUAUAAAAGUACAUGCGAACGACCAAAUUAUCCAAACAAUAUACAUAAGAGUGUGUGGAAAAAAAAUGAAAGAUAAAUAGGAUUUACUUUUCUCAAGAAGAUUUUGCUUGUUUUGCGUUAAAACAAAUUGUUUAAAGAUUAUUCAAAUCUUCAAAUGUUAUAAAAAUAGGUAUAAGCAAUUAUCGAGUUCUUUAUUAAUGUAAUGUAAAAUAUCUUCAAUGUAUCAUAUUUAAAUAUUACUAAGGAAUUGAACAGAGCAUUUACCAUAAGAUUUAUAACAACUUAUGGGUAAUAUUUUCAGUACACAUCUUUUACAACCGAUACUUAUUUGAUCGUCUAUGAAUAUUAUGAAUAUGAUAUAAUUAAUUUACAUAUAUUUGUAUGUGAAAAAUUACAAGAACAAACAAAACGAAAAACUUGAAAGAUUAUUUUUUAUAGUAAAACAUUUUCUUGCUUUGAUAAUGAUAAUUAGAGAACAUGUAACAGCACAAUAUGGAAUAAAAGUACCAUUUAUAUAUUCGCUUAUAACACCAGUACAAAAAAGACUAUUAUAUAAAUAUUCGAUUACGUAAAAUAGACGUUCAGUUGUCAAACUGAUAAUAAAUAAAGGGUAUAAUUGUAUAUGAA